UGUAAAUCCGUUCUAGCGGAUGUUGACUCGGGGCUGCAAACGUCAAACAACUUCAGCAAGGACCGCGGGUGACAGGCAGAGUCUCUCUAAAGCAGGUCCAAGUGCAUUUGCCAGAUUCCUCAGGCGGGAUCUUUCUUUUGGAAGCAGAAUAAAGAGUUGUGAGGGGAGCACCGUGUCCAACCCCUUUCCCUAUACAUACAUCCGGCCAGAAUGUCCAGUGAUCCUCCUCCUCCGUACCCUGGGGGUCCCAGCGCCCCCCUCCUUGAGGAGAAGAAUGGACAACCUGUUCCUUUGAGGAAUGCUCCUAUACAGGGACAGCCCUUACCUCCAGACUAUGGCCCUCCACCCUAUGAGGCCACAAACCCCGGCUUCCUGCCCCCCCAUGUUCCUGGAGACGGACCCAUGCCCAUGCCCAUGCCUCUACCCCAAGGUGGCCACUACCCGCCCGGUCACUUUCCGAUGCCGGGACCCAUGGGCCCUGGUCCCAGUCACUUUGUCCACAUGGGGGGGCACACAGCCACCGUCCUGGCUCCUCCUGGAGCUGCCACCACUGUGACCGUCCUGCAGGGGGAGAUGUUCCAGACCUCCCCGGUGCAGACUGUGUGUCCGCACUGUCAGCAGGCCAUCGUCACCCGCAUCUCCCACGAUGUGGGCCUCAUGAACACACUCUUCUGCCUCUUCUGCUUCUUUGUAGGGUGUGAUCUGGGCUGCUGCUUGAUUCCCUGUCUGAUUGACGACCUGAAGGAUGUGACACACACCUGCCCGUACUGUAAGGGCUACAUUUACACAUUCAAGCGUAUAUGCUAACCACCGACAGCAGUAUGCAACAGAGAUGCGCGCACACACACACACACACACACACACACACACACACACACACACACACACACACACACACACACACACACACAGCUCUUCCUCCUGCUGGUAGUAACAGGCUUUCCCCUCCAUUUUUGCAAAGUGUUGUGAAGCCCUCUUAAAUUGUAAGUGCAGUUUUCUCAUUAGCUCACAGAGUAUUUACUGUAUAUAUAUAUUUCAGCAUAACUCUUUCAUGUAAAAAACAUGCAUUUAAAAUGUACAAAUCUCACCUCACCUUAUCCACCUCUGCGGAUAUUUAAGUGUCCUACAUCUUGUAGGACACUUAGAUCUCCGCAGAGGUGGAUAAGCAGCAGGCCCAUUGGUGCAUCUGGUCCUGUAUAGACACCUGAAGAAAAGGCUAGUGAAGUUACGCAUGUGAAUGGCAGAAGAUACUGGGUAGAAACGGUCAGUUAGUGAAAGCUGUGAAAAUGGUCACUUUAUUUAUUCAAUUCAUCUGUGAAUCUUGCUGAGAAGCAAACGUAUUGAAGUCGAACAUGCUGGGUUAGCUUUGUUGUUUUUUCCCUGUAUUUAUUUCAGAUAUUUUAUCCACUAGCUUAACAUGUUAAUAUUGAUAACAUGUUUGUCUAUGUCCGAUCUUUGCUCUAACAAACCUAGUGUUUUCCUUUUAAUCAUUAUCCCGUACUGAAUGUGAGCAAACUAACGAACCAUUUUAAACGGAUGUAUUUGCUUGUUUAGGAAUGCCCAAGAUUCAUGUUACGUUCUAUACUUAAUAAUCUUCUGGGCUUUCAGUCAGUCGUCACAUAUUUAGUGAUUCACUGUCCUGCCCUCUGUCCAUUAUGUACUUAUUUGAUAGUAAAUCAAACAUUUGCACUUUAAGUUGCCCUCUGAUGCAUUCAUCCACCUCGUUAGUGUUUGAGAGAUUUGAGGAUUCACAGCGUCAUCUCACGAGUAAGAGCAGGGUCAUAUUUAGGUAGACUUUAGGUAGAGCCAACAAGAGGUGUACUGUUACUUAACGAGACACACUGCAUGGCAUCUUGGCAAUCUUACGUCCUCUAAGACCAUGUUGGCAAACAAAUGACCGUGGUGGCACCAUCCUCAUCAUCAUCACAUGUUUAGCCUGUAACCCUCCUAGUAAUGGCAUCAGCCCUUAAGAUUACCUGCAUUGUUCAGAUGCAUGUUAGAAAACAAAUACCGAGGUAUUUUGACUAAUACUAGAUAGUGAACAUCUCUGUUAGGAAUAAGCUUCUAAUAAAUGAUUGUAUCAGAUAUCCUGCAACAUAACAAUGUGAUUCCAUAGAGAUGACUAACAAUGGAACAUCCAUCGUGUGCCCACCACAGCAUGCUCAAUCUGCCCACCACCUUCUCUCACAAUGUGCAGUUUGUCUGCAUGAGCCACACCUCAAAACAAAGAAUUGUCACUGGCUAGUUCCUGGACUCUAUGUGCAUUGGAUUCUUCUUCUUCUUCUUGAGGCUAGCUAAACUGUGCGAGAAAGUGAAUUUUGAUUUGAAGGAUUGUAUUGAACUUUUAAUACGCAGUACUGUAUGCCAUUCUUGUGCAUAAUGCUGGUCUGCACUGCUCUCUAAAUGUCUGUGAUAUGUAUAACUAUGUCAACAUUUGUUUGACUGUUGUAUACAGGUACUAUUUUAUCAAUAAAAAUCAGAACAUGAUGA